AUGCCGUAUACCCUUCCCCCCAUCGACCAGGUCCCCCAGUUAUCGCGCGACGACCAGACCGAGCUCCUCGCCAACUUGUUUGAGCGCGAGGCGACGUUGCUGAACUUGCUUAUCGACACCGUGCUCCGCCAGCCGCACGGGCUGUAUCGUCAGUUGAUCGAGGCCUGCCGCGGCGUAUUAGUGCUGGUGUUGGAAGACGCCGACGCCGCUGCCGCCAGAGGCGAAGCUUACGACCCUAGAGUGGCGGAGAUCAUCGGCGCCCACCCCAGGUUAGGGGGGCUGCUGAAGGUGAAGACGACGCAGUUGAGCGAGCACUCGAGCGCCGAGCAGAAGCUGUUGGCGGGGCUGGCCGAGGAGACGCAGAAGCUCAUCGACCUCAACGACCGCUACGAGGCGACAUUUCCAGGGCUCCGCUUCGUGUGCUUCGUCAACGGGCGCCCGCGGCCGGUGAUCAUGGACGAGAUGGAGCGGCGCAUUAAGCGUAACGACGUCGACGCCGAACGCCGCGAAGCGUUCGACGCCAUGUGUGACAUCGCCUACGACCGUGCCAAAAAGCUCGGUGCUGAGUAA